AUGGUUUAUAAAAUCACAGGAAGAAGCAUUCAAAAUGACUUUUUUUGAAGUUUUUGAGUAUUUAGGGGUUCUACAAAUUCUACCAAUUUUAUUAAAACCAUCAAAUUCUGACUUUAUGGUCCAUUGAUCUGAAUUUUACUUCAAAAAUGAAUAUUUUGCCCUGUUGGAUUUUUUUUUACAAUAUACUCAAGACUCACAAAAAAUGAUUCUUCUCCUGAUCAUCUUUCAAUUUUACCAGCCGAUUUUUCUAUCCAACUUUUUCAGACACCCAUCGAUACAUCGAAAUUGUCCGAGAAGGACAGGAAAGUUUACGAAGAAACGAAAGCGUUGGAAGCCCGUCUGAUCGCCCUGCAACACCGUGUCGCUGUCAAUAAGAUGAAGCUCGAAGCGACGCGAAAUUCCGACCCAACAGAUGUAAGUUUCGAAAGAAAAAUCUGUUUCUUGUCCUUUGAAAAUUGCCCUACUGAAAUUCCUUGCUGUCAAAAAUAUUGAAAUCUAUUGAAAACGCGAAUUUCGUGCGCUUUGAGCUUAAAGUGACGAGAAAUUCGGAUCCAAUAAAUGCAUAGUCAAUUCACGGCUGACUUAGGGCGCUAAGCAGGCGUGUCCUGUCUGCGCUCUAUGCUAAAUAGGCACUAUCUCUUCUUUUAUCGUGUCAGGACCCAUUUUUCGAUGGCAUAAGCUAGUCGUGGAUCAGCUGUAGGUUUCAAAAAAUAUCAAUUGGAGGUGUUUUUAAAAUCAAAAGUUGGAUUAUCCAGCUUCUGGAAAGUCUCUAAAAAAGCGAAAUCCGAAUUCUAGCACCUACUGAGAGUCAGUUUCGUCAAAAAUGAUGACUUCUUCCAAUUUUUUCCAAGAGCUUUUAGAAGGUUUUCUUGGCCAAUAGUCCAGCUGGAAAGUUUCUGAGAAUUUUAACUCGUAUGAACAAAGGUGCUCCACUGAUAAAAACCGAUCUUUUAGAAUACUUGAAGGAAUUCUCUUGAACUUUUCUUUUCAUAAAGCGCUCCUACCCGUUGAUUUUUUGUCAUUCCUUUUUUUUCCAAAAAUUAUUAUGCUUUGAAAAUAGCAGUCUAUGAGCCAUAUAAGAAAUUUUCGAAGCUCUAGUCCAAAAUUCAAAAUUUUCCGUUUUUCAGGCAAAUAAUUUUUUUCCUGGUCUAAUUGAACUUUUUUUGAAAUUUCAGAACAUUUUCAGAUGCUUCAAGGCGACACGGCUCGAGCACUGUCCUGGAUGAUUGCCAACAUGUCGAGAAUGGUCGACGAUUCCCCGAUGGACGUCAUGGAUGUCGUGCCCUUGGAUCGGGUGGUCGAGGAAAAAGUUUCUGAGGUACGAAAAGAAGAUUUUGAAGUUUGGAUAGAAAAGGCUCCGAAAAAGUUAUCAAGCUGGUCAAUUUGUAGCUUCUCUGGUCUGAUUUUAAAAUGGUAGAAUCUUAGCGGUCGCCAUGCAGUCGUAGUUCGAUUCUGAAUCUUAUCGAAUCGCUGAUUACCAUCCAAUUUAGUUACUAGACACGCGCAAGUCGCUUUAAGGUCGGGCGCACCUUUUUCAAUUAGUAUCAGCUCUUCUUUCAACAACAAAUAAGUUUCGGACGAGAUAUCUUGCUGAAAUAUUGCUCAAAGAUGUUUAUUGUACCAUUUUACAUCUUUUUCAUAGUUGCAUUAUACAAUACUGCAGAUUGUAGAUCAGUGGAAGACAAGUUUACAAGUUUUGGUUUCGUUCAGAGUAG